AUGUAUUUAAAUACAUUUACAUAUUCUAAUGAGUUAUUUAGCAGAUCUAUGAGAAUAUUAGAAGAGAUAAAGAAUUUAGUACAUCAAGAGCCGAUACCUGAAAAUAACAAACCACUAAUAACAGACAAUAAAAUGGAAUUACUUUCGGCCCUAGAAAUAAUUAUUUGUUUUUUAAAACAAACAUCUGGAGAUUGUAAUACCUUGAUUAGUGAUUAUAUAAAAAAAUGGAUGAAGUUAAGUGAGAUGAAUAAAGACAACAAUAGUAGUUAUGAAUUAUUAACAAGAACAAGAUUGCAACUUAAACAUAUUGUAGCACUAUAUGAGUUAGUUGAAGAACAUAUUGCUGAUAUAGUUGCAGAGUUUAUACCUUCGAAGUAUCAAGCUGAAUUAGAUGAAUCAAUAAUGCAAGUUAUUACAGAAUCAAUAGAUUUUGAGGAAUCAGCUUUAGAAAAAUCUGCAAAAAUUCCAUCAAAAGCAUUCUUGAUUGCUUUAAAAAGACUUAUAGUAAGAUAUUUGUCAACUGAUAAUGAAAUUAUUAAAGAAAAUAUUCCUCUCUCUAUAUAUUUAGUAGACGACAUGUCUCUUGGAUGUUGGCCUGAUUAUGUUUCCGUAAAUGUUAUAGAAACUAAAUUUCCAACUACUUUACUAACUUCUCAUAUAUAUGAUGCAUACAUGUUUAUUAAGAAGAAAAUACAUGUUAUCGAUCAAGAAAUAACACAAAAUAUCCAAAGUGAACAGUAUAAUAAAAGAAGCGGAAGACAAAAUAGAUUCCAAUCUAAAAGGAAAAUGAAAUCAUAA